AUGACUAGAGACAUAGCGUAUGAACAUUUGGUUUGUGAUGGAAUUCUAUGGAAUUAUACGAGAUGGAUUUUUCAUGGGGAAGGUACAUCUUCACAUGAAAGUCUAUAUGUUAAUACUGUGAUACAAGAUGAAGGUGAAACAUAUGAUGGUACACACACCAUGUUAGAUGAGCUGCAGGGAAGAAAUACAAAUGAAGAUGUUGAGGAUGGUGACAUAGGUGAUGGUACAAAGGGAGCAAGUAUAGAGGCGGAUAAAUUUGAACGAUUAAUUGAAGAUUCAAAGAAGGAGUUGUACCCAGGAUGCAUGAAAUUUACUAGAUUAUCCUUCAUUCUUCGUCUUUAUCAUAUAAAGUGCCUUUGCAACAUGACCGACAAAGCAUUGUCAAUGUUGUUAGAUUUGUUGCGAGAGGCGCUUCCAGAGCCAAAUACAUUGCCAAAGAAUAUGUAUGAAACAAAGAAAAUUAUCAAAGAUUUGGGGCUCAACUGCAACAAGAUUGAUGCCUGCCCAAAUGAUUGCAUGUUGUUUUGGAAAGGAGCAGAGAAAGCCACAUCUUGUUAUAAAUGUGGGGCAUCAAGAUAUUCAAGUAAAGGAAAGAAAUUUCCGGCUAAGACAUUACGUCAUUUUCCUUUAAUCCCAAGGUUGCAGAGGUUAUACAUUUCAUCCAAAACCUCAUUUAAUAUGAGAUGGCAUCAUGAAGAACGUACAAAAGACCAAAGGUUACGACACCCAGCUGACAGUCAAGCAUCGAAGGAGUUUGAUAGAUUGCAUCAACUUUUUAGUGAGGAGCCUCGUAAUAUCAGACUCGGGUUAGCAAGUGAUGGAUUCAACCCAUACAAGCAUAUGAGAUCAACUCAUAGUGUAUGGCCUGUUGUGGUGAUGCCUUAUAAUUUGCCGCCAUGGAUGUGCAUGAAGCCAGACUACUUCAUUCUUACUUUGCUUAUUCCUGGACCAGAACAGCCUGGGAAUGAUAUAGAUGUAUAUUUACAGCCAUUGAUAGAAGAGUUAAAAGAUUUAUGGUACAAUGGAGUUGAGACUUAUGAUGCAUUUAAGAAGGAGAAAUUUAAUCUAAAAGCAUGUUUGUUAUGGACCAUUAAUAAUUUUCCAGCAUAUGCAGUCCUCUCAGGAUGGAGUACUAAAGGUGCUUAUGCUUGUCCAUGUUGCAAUAGUGAGACUUCUUCUCGUUGGCUAAAAUAUGGCAAAAAACAUUGUUAUUUGGGCCAUCGUCGAUUCCUUCCACAAGAACAUCGAUUUCGACGAGACAAAAGGAGUUUUGAUGGCCAUGAGGAACAUAGACUCCAGCCAAAGCAACUAUCAGGGAACGACAUAUUGGAACAUUUACAAUAUGUUGAUUUUCCCCCAUUUGGUAAAGAAAAUAAUAAACAAAGUGGGAAGAAGAAGCAAAGGAGGUUAAAACAGCCAGAGCUUCCAUACAAUUGGAAGAAGAAGAGUAUAUUUUUUGACUUGCCAUACUGGAAAGAUAAUCUAGUCCGUCACAAUUUAGAUGUGAUGCAUGUUGAGAAGAAUGUAUGUGAUAAUAUCGUUAACACUUUGUUGGAUCACGUGAAUGCAUGUUUAGAUUUGAGAGACAUGAAAAUACGAUUAGAUCUUCAACCAAAGGUCAUUGAAGGCAAGAAUAAGUUGUUCAUACCUCCAGCAAGCUACACAAUGUCUACCACUGACAAAGAUUUGUUUUGCACAGUUUUAAGGGGUGUAAAGGUUCCAGAUGGACUUUGUAGUAAUAUUUCACAGUGUGUGCAAGAACGUAAGAUUAUUGGAAUGAAGAGCCAUGAUUCUCAUAUUAUGAUGCAACAACUUCUUCCAAUUGCAGUGCGUAACAUAUUGCCUAAGAAUGUCAGCAUUGUAUUGAUAGAGGUUAGUGCAUUUUUUCGAGAGUUGUGUAGUAAAGUUGGGAAGGAGGAAGACUUCAAGAGGCUUGGUGAAAGUGUUGUCUUAACACUAUGCAAGAUGGAAAGGCUUUUUCCGCCUACAUUCUUUGAUGUUAUGGUACACCUGAUUGUUCAUUUAGCCCAUGAAGCUAGCUUGGCUGGUGUUCAAUACCGUUGGAUGUAUCCAAUAGAAAGGUUUCUCAAACGAUUGAAAGACUACAUGCGUAACCCUAGUCGGCCAGUGGCAUCUAUAGCAGAAGGAUAUCUUGCAGAUGAGUGUUUGACCUAUUACUCUAGAUACCUUGAAGAUGUGGAAACAAGGUCAACUAGACUACCAAGAAAUGCGGGGUCAACAGAAACAUACGAUCCAUCUUCUAUAUUCUCAAGAGCAGGUAGGCCAAUAGGGAAGUGCAAGAUGAUACGACUCGACAUUAUAGAAAGGGAUCAGGCACAUCGGUACGUGCUCAAGAACUCUAAAGCAUUAGAAGAAUAUCGUGAGCUUCAUUGUGCACAAAUCCAAAGGUCGAUGGGUCGUAGAGCUCGCCCAUAUUUGGUAAGAAUGAAGCAUGCUAAGGAGUUUCCAAAAUGGUUCAAUGAGCAUAUAUUGAAUCUACGCGAGAAUGGAGUCGAGGUGCCUAAUCAUAUCAGAUGGCUGGCUCGAGGUCCUAACUUAAAUGCAAGAAGUUAUGAUGAAUACAUUAUUAAUGGCAUCAAGUUUCAUAGUAAGGUACAUGAGAAUAAUAGAAAAACUCAAAAUAGUGGGGUUCUUUUAACAGCAUUGACAGAAGACUUUUCUAAUUCAAAAGAUACACACCCUAUUGAGGGAUAUAUCAUGUAUUAUGGAUUUUUGAAGAAAAUAAUUGAAUUGGAAUAUGCAAAUGAUCUCAGAGUAAUGUUAUUUAAAUGUGAUUGGGCUAAUCUUAGAAAGGGAGUGGAGAAAGAUGACCUCGGAUUUGUCCUUGUCAAUUUUAACCAUUUACAAUACAAUGACCAAGAUCAGUUUGCUGAUCCAUUUGUGUUACCGUCACAAGUAGAGCAAGUGUUCUACAUUGUUGAUCCACAAAGGCCUGAAUGGCAAGUUGUCAUAAAUACAAAGAUUAGAGAUAUUUUUGACAUGGGAGGCGAAGAUCAUGGUGAAUCAGAUCAGACAAAUAUACAAAGUACAUUACAAGAUAGACAAAAUAUAGAACAUUCAUAUGGUGAUAGUGAUGUCGAUGUGAGUUGGGUCAGAUCUGAUGUGGAAGGUACUAUAAUUGACACACCAAUCGAAUUGAUCAAUGCAAUGGAGAGUUCAAAUGACAAUAUAUCAAAUUGA